AUGGAUGACCCAUUCGUAUACCCCGAAGUCAUCCGAGAGCCUUCGCCACCUUGGGGGUCUGGAGCAAACCCCAAUCCCCGUGCAGAGUCGAGCGAGGACGGACUCAUGCUGGACCUGGCUUCGCCCAUCGUCAAGCGACGGCGGUUCUAUCGUCCGACGCCUCGAGAGGGACCAACGGCGGUGGCGCACAUCAGCGAAGCCAUCAAGGCCCCCACCGAUGCCUCUACCAUCGCCGCUGACCCGGCCCAACCUGACGACUCCAGCGAAGACGACAUCAUCCUGGACCUGGCGCCUCCAUCAAAGAAACGCCUGCUCUGCCGCUCAACGUCAGUCGGCAUCCUCGACAGCAUCCCGCGCUGCAAAGCUGCCAGCUCGGACGCCGUAUCCACCAGGAGAGCCAUUGCGCGCGCCGCCGCUGUAACCUUACCUUCCGACACCCGCAACCUCUACGCGCGCAGCAAAGUCUUUGCAGUCACAGAGCUGACGACCCUCAUCUUAGACCACCUCCCACCGCGCGACCUCAUCGUCCUACAAUCGGUCAACAGCAAAUUCCGGGGCCUGAUCACCACAUUACCGGAUAUCGGCUUGAGACUCGGCUUCACAGAGAGGCCCCUCCCGCCAGGCUACUUCCCCGCGGAAAUGACGAGCUCAACCCUCGAGUUCUUCCCAAAGUUCAUCAUCGACAUCGGCAUCGACCCCUUAACAGGCUUGGGCUUCGCAGUGUUCGACCGCGUCGAUCUUGAAUUCCAUCCUGACCCGCACGGUUCCUGGCGGGACAUGAUGCCGUUCCAGCCGGCUACGAAGUUCAUGAAGAUGCGAGGGGCGGAACAUUACGACGAUGAGAUUCCGCGAAGGAUUGAGAAUAGGGAGGAGGGCGUGCGGCUUGGGUAUGAUGCCGUUGUCGUUCGUCUUUGA